GCCCGGAAGUGGAUUGAGGACUACAAGGAGAGGCGAGACAGACUCCGACCUCCACGUUAGCUAGAGCGGCCAUGAAGAGACAGGAACUUCCGGGGCGGCUCUCUAGUCUCUUCCCUUUCGCGGGGAUGGCAUGGGGGCGGGAAUCUGGGCUGCUUGCAACGUGAAGAUUCGCGGUUGCUUGGCCUCCACUUCCGUCACUCUGAAACGGUACCUGAAAUUGGGGGCGACCAUGGCAAAGAGCAAGUUCGAGUACGUGCGGGACUUCGAGGCUGACGACACCUGCCUGGCCCACUGCUGGGUGGUGGUGCGGCUGGACGGCAGAAAUUUCCAUAGGUUUUCCGAGAAGCACAACUUUGCAAAACCUAAUGAUAGCCGUGCUCUCCACCUAAUGACCAAAUGUGCUCAGACUGUAAUGGAAGAACUAGAGGAUAUUGUGAUUGCAUAUGGACAGAGUGAUGAGUACAGCUUUGUGUUCAAGCGAAAAAGCAAUUGGUUUAAAAGAAGAGCCAGUAAGUUCAUGACUCACGUGGCCUCCCAGUUUGCCUCCAGCUUCGUGUUUUAUUGGCAGCAUUACUUUGAGGACCAGCCCCUCCUGUAUCCCCCAGGCUUUGAUGGAAGAGUUGUGGUGUAUCCUACCAACCAGAUCUUAAAGGACUAUCUCAGCUGGCGGCAAGCAGAUUGUCACAUCAAUAAUCUUUAUAAUACAGUUUUCUGGGCACUCGUACAACAGUCUGGACUAACACCAGUACAAGCCCAAGAGAGAUUACAGGGAACUCUUGCGGCAGACAAGAAUGAGAUUUUGUUUUCUGAAUUCAACAUCAACUACAAUAAUGAGCCACUAAUGUACAGGAAAGGAACUGUGUUGAUAUGGCAGAAGGUGGAUGAAGUCACGACAAAAGAAGUUAAGCUGCCAGCAGAAAUGGAAGGAAAAAAGAUGGAAGUGACCCGAACCAGGACUAAGCCAGUGCCCUUGCACUGUGAUAUCAUCGGGGAUGCUUUCUGGAAGGAACAUCCAGAGAUCCUAGAUGACGACAACUGACCCUUUGCUUUUCAAUCCUGGCGUGCUUAACCAUGCAAGGCCUUCCAAUUCUUCUGGCCUUAGGUGGCCAUCCCUGCCACCCAGAACAAUGUCCCAGGAGUGACAUGCCUCUGGUUGGGAGGGGAACAGGGAAGGAAGGGAUGGACGGAGGUGGGGUAUCUUGUUCUGCUUUAAGUGGGACACUUUUUAUGCAGUAUUGGAACAUGGUGCCUUCAAUAGAAGUGCAUUUUUUAAAAAUCAUGGUACUAUUUUUAUAAAGCAAGAACUAUUUCAUGCCUUGCAGAAUGAAUCAUUUUUAGGUUGUGGCAUACAUAGUCUUAUAAAAACCUGCCAAGCUCUUUUCACCUGUGAUAGAAGAUGAGCCCAAACUUUAUUCUUGCCUACCUGUUCUUAACUAGAAUAUUCAGUGGCCUUGAAAAAAAUGUCACCUUUUCCACCUAUCUACUUGCUUUCGUCUUUGGCAGACCUGCAGAUAAAUAUGGAUUGAUGCCUGCAUGAUGUCUUUUGAAUUCAGGAAUUCCGGGGACAGCUCAGCUUUGUGUCAGUCUCCAAGUUGGCAACUUGGGCUGAACAAAUAAAUAGUUUGGAAGUCCUUGUGUAAA